AUGCAACCAGAAGUAUAUUCCCUAAAAGGGAAGUCACCAUAUGUUCCGAGCUUACCUCCAAAGGUCCCAGAAAAUCAAAAAAUAAGAUUUUCUGGGAAGACUCCUUUCAUACCAGAGAUUGCUACAUCUCCGACAAAAAGAGUAAAGUUCCCUGCUCACCUGACCUACAAGGGAGAAACCUGUCCAAAUACUCAUCUGGCAGCAUUCAAUAAUGAGGUGGACAUAGACAGCCACACUUAUGCAAGCUGGUGCAAAAAUUUCAUCCUGACGCUGAUUGGGACGGCACAAAAGUGGGCUCAUAGCCUUCCAGAUGGUUCAAUUUCAAGUUUCAAUGAACUGGCAAAGAAAUUCAAAAAUCAUUUAUCAUCAACGCGUGCCAGAACAAAGCAGUCUAUUGAAAUAAUGAGCAUGAGGCAGGGGAAGGAUAAAUCCUUAAGGAAUUACGUCUCUAGAUUUGACAAAGAGAGUCAUCGGGAGCAAAAGGGAAAGAAUUCUGAGAAAGCCAGAAGGCCAGCAGAAAAGCGUGACAAGGAGAAAAAGCUGGUAAGAACUGAGGAUCUAGAUGUGUCAAGGCUCCAUAAUUAUGCUGAUUACACAUCGCUGAAGGAGUCAAGGCCAAAAAAUUUCAAUGUGCAUAAAGAGGAUACAAAAUGGCAAUGCCCCAUCCAAAGGAAAAUAGUUGCAAAGAACUCAGGAGCAUUUUGCAAAUUCCAUGAAUGUCUAGGUCACUGGACAGAGCAUUGUAAGUAUGUAAUGAAUAAUAUUAAAGAAUUAAUACAAAGGGGUUAUUUCCAACAAUAUAAGAAAGAGAGGGAUUCUGGCAAAAGACAAUCUGGAAGCAGUCAAGCUAGAAAUGAAGAGGAAUCUGUACGGAAGAAAAAGAAAGAAAUUUUGGAUAUAUUCUAG